AUGGAGAUUACCACUGUGAAAUCUGAAGUAUGCUCGGGUAACAGUCGCUUGUGCAUCGAGGAAGGUGAUAUUCAAGUUCCUAAGUGUGUUAAGAGACGACGACGAUCUUCCCCGGGAGUUCCUCUGUGUAGCAAUGAACAGCAAGGAGAAUUACUGCAGCCUCAGGUGUUACAGGUUGACCAAACUACUCCCGCCACUACAACUGUGAAGAGAAGUUCGAGAUUUCGAGGAGUUAGCAGACAUCGAUGGACAGGACGUUAUGAGGCUCAUUUAUGGGACAAAGGGUCAUGGAAUGCAACACAGAGAAAGAAGGGAAAACAAGGAGCUUAUGAUGAAGAAGAAUCAGCAGCAAGAGCCUAUGACUUGGCUGCAAUCAAAUAUUGGGGGUCCUCAACUUUCACAAAUUUCCCGGUUUCUGAUUAUGAGCAAGAGAUUGAGAUAAUGCAGAAUGUGACAAAAGAGGAGUAUUUGGCCUCUUUGAGAAGAAGAAGCAGUGGCUUCUCAAGAGGUGUAUCCAAAUAUAGAGGAGUUGCCAGGCACCAUCACAACGGCAGAUGGGAAGCAAGGAUAGGGAGGGUUUUUGGGAACAAGUACCUUUACCUUGGCACUUACAGUACCCAAGAGGAAGCUGCUCGUGCUUAUGAUAUUGCAGCAAUUGAGUACAGAGGGAUCAACGCAGUGACCAACUUUGAUUUGAGUUCGUACAUAAGAUGGCUAAGGCCAGUUUCUGACUCACUUCCCUCUCAGGGUCCAAGAUCAGAUUCUCUGCAGCCUGCACAAACCACAUCUAACUUCAUUUAUUCGAAUGAGGAACCCGAGCUCUCCUUCACCUCCAAUCCUCUAACAAUGAGAGAAACAGGCACUCCUCAGAAACAAGAAAUUAUAGAGAGAAAGAUGCCCAUUGGUCCUUGCAAGUCGUCUUCGCCAACAGCACUUGGCCUACUCCUUAAAUCUUCCAUGUUCAGAGAGCUGGUGCAGAAGAAUUCCAAUGCUGAUGCUGAAGAAACCGAAGAAAAUGACACCAAGAACCAAGCACAAAUUGACAGAGAAAAUGAGUUUAGAGAGAUCUUUUACAGUGGAAUCAACAGUAACCCAUACCUCUGUUCCUCCAGUAGUGAUAAGUUGCCUGGAUUGGAGUCGCAGAAGGUGAACACAUCGCCAUUGCGAGAUCAAACCGGGACACCCUUCUGGAUGUUAUCUAAGACAGGCCACCUCUCCAACAACUAA